GCUUCAUUUGUUCCAUUUGGAGAUAUCCCGCUGCAUUUCCACGCAGAAAAGUGCUUCACCUUCCAAAAUGAAGCAAUUGCCAACACGUGUGUCGAAUUUUGGCGCCGAAAUAUGUGCAACGGGCCGAUAGGCGUAGCGCUGGAGCGCCAUCUGUUGGCCUACGUCACGACGUGUCAUAUUUUGACGUCCGGACGUCACCAAAAGAAUAUCCAUCUUGAUCGUACAUACAGCCUCCUAACGAGUAAUAAUGUGCAAGUUAUGCUGGAAAUCUUCAAAUUGUUGGACAUUCAUGGGGACAUGACACUGAAUGAUGUCCAAUUUCUUGCCUUCAUGAGCCACAUGACCGACUUGCACAGCGUCAAGGAUAUCUACAGAGCUUUUGACGUUUUUGAUGUUGAUGGAUCUGGAAGUGUUGAUUUUGAUGAGUUCUAUUUACUCUGCUGUAUACUGAUUGGUAUAAAGGAUGGACAAGAAAAGCAGUUCAUCUACCGCCAUUCAAGGACAGUAUUCGAUUUGAUGGAUGAGGAUGGCUCCAACGCGAUCUCCGGCGAGGAAUUUGAAACUUACGGCUUUCUCUUCAACUUCCACGGAACCGCCGUGAGGAAAAUCUUCAACGAGUUUGAUGUUUCAGGGGACCAGGAACUAGAUUACAAAGAAUUCAAGAUGUUCGCCAUGGCCUGUAUUGACAAACAAGUGGAGCUGGAGAGAGAAGACGAGUUGCGAGAGGCAAGGAAAGAAGAGAAGGCGAUGCUGAAAGACAAGCAGAGGGUCAUGAAAGAGAUGAAGACCACCGGGUUGCUCACGAAGGAGGAGUACAGUGAGGCGAUGGAAGAGUCGCAGGCAGAUGUACCUAUAUUAGAGCCGCGCAAAUUCAACCAUUACUGUUCGAUACUUUGACAUGUCGUGGCCGUGAACAGCGCCUUUAAAAUGAUAGUUGGUGACUGAACUGCCAUGAUGAAUGCAUCCUAAUCUGUAAUUUUCCUUUUGGUUUGGGACGAACCUGCAUUCCUUUGAAUGAUGCGGUGCUGUCUUUGUAGUAUACCGUAGAUAUGCUGAAGUAUACUUGAAUGCGUAACGGGUUUGCGCAACUAAAAACGGAAAGAACAGGUUGAAACCAGGCUGGAUGUGACUGUCCUUGUGUCUGGGACGACAUUUUAGCUGAAUGCUACAUGUAUGGUGUUACCAAUUCAGAUGAUUCGGUUGCCUUAUUUGUGUUGUAUUACAUGUAUCGCAUUCGUCUUCUAAUGGGAAUAAAGAGUCCCUUGUAUAA